AUGACCACGGACAUCCGCCGAUCCAGGUCCAACACGUCAAUGUCUACCAGAAGCAACCGGCCGCUAUCGCGUGCCUCGACUACCAGUGUGCACUCAUUCGAGCAGUUUCAACAACAACAGCCUCAACAUGCCCGCGCCGCAUCUUUUACGCAGAUGCCGCAGUACCAUGCGCCCUUCAGCAGCGAAGCGCUGCAACCUGCGCUCAUACAGGCCGCGCAGCAGGUCAGCGCGCAGGAUCAACUCAUCAACAUGUCGCUCGAGAGCGUCCAGCAAUACCUAGGCUACCAGGCCGACGCUGCCUCUCAGCAGCCCCAGUCCAAUGGCCAACCUGCGCAGGCCAUGGACCCCCACCCAUACCACCACUCUCUUUCACAGCAGUCACAACAACAGCACUUCAUGGCGCCACCUAUGGAGACGGAUGAUAAGAAGAAAAAGAACUCGACGUCCGGAGCCGCCACAAACGAUAAAGAGUUGCGCCAGCUGCUCAACCAGAAUGAAGGACGAAACCUGAAGGAGGUGGCAGCGGAGGUCAUCCAAAACGACCGGACCUCCAAGGCGGAAAAGUCGAAGCAACUGUUUGCUAUGCUGUGGUUGAAAUCCGUCUGCAGAUCCGCCAAAACCUCGGUUCCACGAAAUCGCGUCUACUCCAAAUACGCAGAGCGCUGCGGUACCGACCGCGUUAUCCCUCUGAACCCAGCCUCCUUCGGAAAGCUUGUCCGUGUCAUCUUCCCGGGCAUUCAGACUAGACGUCUGGGCGUCCGUGGCGAAUCCAAGUACCACUACGUUGACCUGGAACUCAUCAAUGAUGGCGGAGAUGGAGACGAAGGCCGCCGUCCCAGUACUGGUGCCGCAGCUAUUCACGCCAUGAAACGACAGCAGUCCGCGGGGCCGAAGCUUGACUUCACUUCCAUCCCACGGCUGCCUGCAGACAGCGCCCAAUUUCCCCCUCGGAACUCUCGAGGCGAAUCACACAACAACCACUAUACGCCAGCUUCAUCACGAGGCGUUCUUUUCACCGAUAUUUAUUCGAAUCAGUUCCGACCUACAAGUGCCCGCACGAAAACAUCAUAUGAACACGAACUUAAGUUUCCCACGCCCAACGUAUUAGAAGCCCCGGAUGCUCUUGAGAUCGAAUUGCCGGACAUUGCACCCUACCUCCCUGCCCGUACAGACCCGGACUCGGCACAAAAUUUGGUAGCUAUGUAUCGAUCACAUGUGACAUCGUUAGUGGACGCAGUUCGGUAUUGCAAAGAAAAGCAGUUCUUCCGUCUGUUUGGUACAUUCCACGGUACUCUCACUGUCCCCGUGCAAAAGUUGUUCGCUGCACCCGAACUGGCGCCAUGGAUCAAGGAAUGUGACUGGAUGAUGUAUCAGAAGAUGGUCCGUAACGUUUCGCAGCUCACCUUACAGGUCGCGCCCCCCACGGUCCUGCGCUUUCUCGACAACGUUGCCAAAACACUACAUGCACACAUAAGCACGAAGUUUCUGCCACUCCCUAAUCAUGUUCUGGAAGCCAAGUUAGAACCAGCAACUCUGUUCGCGCAUUUGUUACGUCAAAUGCUGCGCGUCAAUUCAACAGCUCAUGCAGCUGCUGUCAUGCUUACGGCUGAGAACCAUCGCACCCAGAUGUUUGCCGAUUGGUUGCAGCAUGUUAACAUCAAGCGCAUCAUCGCUAACGAACUUCCGGGUGAAUGUGGGCAUGAAGAGGUCUAUCAGAUCUUGACAACAGAGAUACGAUCGAUGCUGGGUCCGUUGCCGCAGGAAAUCCAGCUACCUUCAGGAGCCAUCCACCGUGCCGCUUACCCCGACCCUCCGGCUGACCCUAUGGAGUCUGUCAUAGAUCGCAUUGCAGCAUUUCUAACGAAGCUACCAUCUCGCUUUCCAGGAGCUCACGCUCGCACAGUCCUUCAUUGUAUUAGUGCCCUUGGAUCAGCUGCGCUUCGUGAAAUCACGGUGGAGAAUGGCAUCAGUUUCCAAGGUUGGUGGUUGACCAAGGUGUUUGUAGACGAAAUGGCACAGUGGCUAGCAUCAUUGGGAGGCUUCCUUGGCCAUUCACCACCAAACUGGAAUUCACCAUCCUACUCUCCGGUUGUUGACGACCCUCUGAAUGCUGGCCUUACGAACGGAGGCAGCGGUAGCAAUAAUGAAAGUCGGUACAGUAGUCUGGAGGCUGACUUUGGUCCGGACCAUUCAUUCAUGUCCACUACUAGCAAUGUCGCCAUGGAUCCAGGAACAGCACAUGAAGUCCACGCUGGACGAUUUGCUCAACAAUCCCAAUACGACAUGAACUUCAGCUUUGAGUACGAUAUGAAUACCUCACAACAAGAACCCACACAUGACGACAGUGGUAUCGGUCUUCUCGAAGAAGGCAUCGACGCAAAGUUUGCGUCCAAGAUGCAACAAUCACUAAAGUCACAUUUGGCGCAAGCUCCGCUACCCCAAGGCGUCAAUUAG